GCUUCACACAGGAAGCCAAAUUUGCCUAUCAAAAACAACAAUCCAAAUUGAAAGCGUAACAAGAGCUGAACCGCAUUUGCAUCCACUGCAAUUCCGCGCGCAAACCUGUACCACCCCGCAAGCAGAGGGCUCAGGAGGUGCCUCGCUGGCUGAACGCUUCCUCCGCGGACACAUGCAUGGCUAGCACAGGUGGAUGGAAUUGGCGGAUUUGGGGUGUGAGGUUCUAGCUCUUCUGCCGUGAAGCAUCGCAGCACCUAGUUUUGGGCUAGAAGCUGGAGAGCAGCUGGCUGGCAGAGGUGACAACGCAGAGCGAGCCCGGGGCUCCGGCGCGGCUGCCGAGCUCUCCCGGGGGGAUGCCAAGGGCCCCCUGCUCGGCCCCCUGCGCCUGAUGGAGGACAGGAGCCGCCAGCUCCCGCUCUAUAAAAGCCAGGCGAGGCCUGGGGUGGGGCUGGCGUCAGCGGGAAAUGUCUCCCUGGAAGCAGAUUAGCUUCACAGGAAACCUGUCGCCGACAGCCUGCCCAGUGAGAAAACUCCAAGGAGAAGCUGAGGACAAACAACAUCUCGAAGACAGUCCAUGGGGACUGUACCAGAUCCUCUGAGAUCGGCCAAGCUUUCCCUGGUCUCAACUUCUGCAGAGGAGGAGCACCUGGGAGAUCUGCAGCCUGCUAAGCACCAGCCCCAACCCCCCAGUGGUGAGAGGGCCAGCAAUGGCUUCCCGUGCACCCCGUCCAGCUCAGCUGGGGUCUGCUCGUUCGACCUGAACUGCACAGCUGCUGCCGGCACACAGAGCUGUGAGCGGUACCACACAGAUGAUGACAGCCAGCAGGAAGCCUUUUCUCCUGGGCUGGCUAGCACAGCUGCAGAGGUGCAUCCUGCAGAUGUGAAGCCUGCUGGUUGUUCCCAGCCAGCGGGCAUCCAGGCUCCGGCAGUGCCAGCCCUUGCGGCAGGAGGAGCCCUCUUGGCAGGGCAAGGGCCAGAGAUGAUGCCAGCCCCCCAGAGCUCCCGGCAGUUUGUGCAAGGCAGCCAGGCCAAAACGAGCUCCCUGACACAGAUAGAUGACUCUGCCUUGAAACCUCAGGGGAGUGAUGAUCAGCCAGCGCUUGAAGUGUUAAAUUAUUCUUCCCCUGGUGAUCCUGUCGGGGUUAAUCAAUUCUGUCAUACUUCUCAGGCAAACCUUCUGCAAACAGGGGAAAAAGACAGGGCGGCAGAAAAAAAUGAUUCCACUGUGUGUCAGUCAGCCUUGCCAGCAAGGCAAGCUGAAGCUGACCUUGGGAGAGUCGCACAGACCAUUCUGGAGGCAAAAAGCGGGACUGCAGACAUGGCACAGUCGCAGCCCUCAGAUAAAACUGAAGCAGUGCAGAGCAGUGAGGCACCAGCCCAGUCUGGCCACGGGAGUCCACGUCCUGUACACAACCUGGGCCCCACGCCUGGGAGUCGAAACCCCACCCAGCUCUCCAAAUUCAGAGAAACAGGUACAAUGACAGCUCAGUCAGAGAGCAGCCCUUUUACUCAGGAAGCUGUAAGCAGGACAUGGCGAGAUGCUGAGGUGCAAGCCGUGGCUACCGUGGAGAGCAAAUCAGCUUCCACCAGUCCAAGCAUCUUUGCUGCCUUCUUAAAAGGGAAUCUUCCUCCAGAGGAGAAGGAAGAACUGCACAUAAUUUACCAAGGAGGUAUGGGGCUGAGCCAGGCUGCACUUACUGACAGUUUAUCCUCACAACAAAACUUCCCAUGUUCUCCUGGUAUCACAUCAAAAUCGACUGUUGUGGCUGUGACUGCUUCAGCCCAAACCCAGCCUGUCAAACCGCCUGGAGACGUGGUGUCUCCAGUAUCAGCAGAUAAUGUGAAACCUCUUCUCUCCUGCUCCCCUGCAGCUGUUACCUCCCAAGGAACAUCUGUGGGUAAUGCUGAAAUGACCAGUGCAGCUCGUGAUGUCAAGGAUGCUGCUCAGCUGCCAAUGGAUGCUCCAGUCCCACCAAAGCCCAUCCCAGUGGAGCAGCUUGACGUUAACUCCAGUAAUCAAACUCCAUCACAGUCUGGGACUGGUGCUGGUGAGCCAAGCACCACUUCCACCAAUGCUGUCCCAGGAACAGGGAACAACGUGCAGGAUCUCGUCCCUCAUGUGGGAAGCAGCCGGUCACCUUUACUCUGUGGCUUGGACAGUGAAGUCAAGCAGAAGGAGGUCCUGGGCAGCUCUGACCAAAAGCCUGUGCAAAGCAAGGGUGCAAGUCAAGGAGAGGCCAGUCCUAAUCAAUCUGUGGUAAAAGCAAAGGAAGAAAACUUGGUAGUACUUGAUCCUAAAGGAGGGGUGAAUGUUGGCAGCCAGCCUGCUGCUGCCCAUGUAAAAGCAUGCUCAGAGGAUGCGGGUGAGAAGGAGAGCAGAGGCCACAGAGACAGUGGCCAGUCUCAGAUGGCUGGUGGCCAGAGCUUGCAGGCAGGACUGAUGCCCAAGUUGAAUGUGAGUUCUGCAGGUCUUGCCCCUCCUGUGCCAGUAUCAGCAGCUCCCCAGCAGCAGGGCCUCCAGGCCAGGGAGUCCAGACAUGAGCUCCACACUGCAGCAAUUCCUGCUUCUGCUCCAGCUGUGCCGAACCUGGGGGAGAACAAAAAGCACUCCACCCCAGCCAUGGAGGCAAGAGUACAGGUGAAGCAGUCCAAACAUGUCAGGGAUGUUGUUUGGGACGAGCAGGGAAUGACUUGGGAGGUUUAUGGUGCUUCCCUCGAUCCAGAAUCCCUGGGAAUCGCUAUCCAGAACCACUUACAGAGACAAAUACGGGAACACGAAAAACUGAUCCGGGCCCAGAACAAUCAGACCCGGAAAUCCAUUUCCUCGGAUACAUCCUCAAAUAAAAAACUGAAAGGGAGGCAGCACAGUGUGUUCCAGUCCAUGCUGCAGAAUUUUAGGCGUCCUAAUUGCUGUGUCCGACCUGCUCCCUCUUCUGUGUUAGACUGACAUGGUUUGCAGGGGUGCCUAAAUACCUGCGGUGGUGGAGAGAAUCCCUCCCCUUGAGUCCUGCUGUUUGGUUGUGUAAUUGGGGUUGUGAUGCAACAACAGUGGAACAUGAUUCCCCUUUGUUUUCUGACUAGCCACAUGCUCCAUUCUGCCAUUAUUAUUGUCACAGCUGGUGUAUUUCUACGUUAUGCCCCAACCUUGACUGCUGUCAGAUGAAAAGCUAGGCACUUAGCAAAAGCACAAAUUUCAAUUGCCACCUUGCUGCAGGGAGAGCAGCACCUUCUGAUAAAUCAGGAAGCAGAGGGAUUGUCAGAAUUAUGGGAAUUUAUUUGUGUGCAUUAUGAGGUCUUACUCAAAGGGGUGGACUGGGGGAAGCUGAGGGAGGUGGAAUUGAGGUUCAACAGCUGUAAAGACCUAACACAAGACAACUUUCCUGGUUUGUAAGUUACCCACGCUGAGGCAAGUCCAUGAACCAGGCUAUGGACAUUGAUCACCGAGCAGCCUCACCUCUGUUGAUACUGUGGGCCACUGUUCCCAGGUGAGCCCCAGGGAGCCCGGUCUUCCCCUCCUGUUGAAAUGCAGAACCAGGCCAAGAAUGAGGAUCAAGACUGAAGGAUUCUCUCUUUGGGAGAAGCUAAGGCAGUGGGACGUUGGUGGCCAGAAGGGGAGGUGAGAGAGAUGCUUUUUGUCCCCUGCAGUGGCCACUCAAGGUAUAAGCCGGCCAGGCACAGGAGAGCGCAUCGGUAGGUGGACCUGCAUCCAGCAGGAUGGUGCCCACCCUUACUCUCUGGUGCUCCUGCCAAGUCUUUAAAAAGCAGGAAGCCAUUCUGCCUCCUCAGGUGGGGUGGGCAGCCUCCCAGCCUCCCGUGGCGCUGAGCACCUCUCUUCUAAAUCACUCUUGAAAGUGAUGUGGAUCUUUCUUCUCUCUCCAGAUAUGCACAGUAAUGUUUUCCCAUAGCAGCAGGCUUUCCUGUUCAUUUGGGUCCAUGAGCCUCCAUGUCUAGUGUGUUAUACUGGUUUUUUUUUUUUUCCCUUUGAAGUCCUUAGCCAACUCUACUGUUUUUUUCCAGUAUUUUGGUGCUUUUCUUGCUGCCUUUCAUAACCCGAAUACCAUUUAUUUAGCCUGUGUGUAUUUUGUUUUACCUUACACUCUAUAUUAUAAACCAUUAUACUGUUAACUUGAAAAAUUUGCAGCAGUACUGAAAUCUUGAGACAAUCUUUGCUGUAUUUCUGAACUUAGUUGUAGAAACUGCUAAUAAAAGGUAGCUUAGUGACUGUUUCUCCAGAAGUAUGAUAUACAAUAAUGUCUCAAAUAUAUGUUGGUCACAUUUCUCAAUAAUAUUUUUCAACUUGGGAAAUGUGUUUCCCAGUAGCUUUGUAUUUUGUCCACUAGAGUUCAUUAUGGGAGGCUGGGGAACUCCUGCAGUUUUUAGAAAAUUUAGUUAUCAAUCCUGCAAAGCACUGAUGAUUUGGGUAUUGUAAUCCUGCAGAGUACUAGAGUUAAAUAGGAGAUGCUUUUAGUUCAUUAAAGAUUUUUCAUGAAUCAUGAUGAUAAUUUAUUUCUGUCUCUAGUACCACACACCUGACUUACUCUGUAGAUCUUACUCUUACAAUUUACUCUAAAUCUUACAGGUUUAAACAGUGUAAAUUAGUAUUAGUAUCUUUUUUCUUUUCUUUUUUUUUUCCUGUGAAGCCAACCUGAGGUGGUCCCCAGUUAUUUAGGAGGCCAGACUUCUUGAGUAUAUCAACUGCCGUAGUAGCUGUUUCGGGGCGAUUUUUCCCUAGCAUAAAAGUAAAAUACUGUAAGAUAUAUUUUAACCCAGUGCAAUGAAAAGUGUUGCCCCUAAGGAUAGUACUGAAUUGACUCCUCAGAUAUAUACCAGGGGGCUUUAUGUCACGUCCUUGUUCAAUUUUUGUAUGUUAAAUUUAAGUCCUCUCCUACCUGUGGUGCUGAAUUUUUAAUUCUAAAUCACCACAUUAGAGAGCGUCUUCCCACUUCUGCCUACCAGGAGGAAAGUCUCCACCCUUUUUUCUGUUAGUACUGCUGUUUCCACCCCCUUCCUAGUAGUGUCUGAGAUGUGAAUAUCACGUGAAAUUUUGUGUGGGAUUAAUAUUGACAGUAUCAUUAGGUCAGGUUAGUUGACAAGUUCAGUGUCUCUUCCCACAUUGUGUCCAUGUCAGCCCUGACGAGGUUCCCUGAGUUGUCUGCAGUUUUUGCUGUGUCCUGUCCAGGUCCAAGGCUCUGUGCUGCUCCUUUUGCCUCCCUCCUGCCCCUUCACUCACUAGCUGUUGCCCAGCCUGUCAUCCUGUGAAGCCGUGUCCCUUGGCUCAGCUCGCAUCCCCCUGUGCGCUCCCCUUGCUGUAGCUGUGAGCCAGCUUACUCUGAACUGUCCCUUUACAAAUAUGCUCAGUCUGAAUAUACAAGUUUAUUGUCCUGGGUUUUUUUUUCCAGAGGAGAAUAAACAGCUAUCACUCAUUCACUGAUUUCCAUGAAUUUUAUCCUUUAGCUUAAGCUCUGCAAAAUGUUUUUAGCAUAUGGGUAUGAGUUGCUUUAUUGACACCAAACUGGGCUUGGCAAUGAAUGAGCAGAUGCUGGGACAGCACUGGAAUUAAUGCUUCUUUGCAAGGAAUGAGAGGUCUCCCCUGGCUCCUUGCAGCUUUUUUCAGCUGUGAGUUCCCCACAAUAAAUAACCUUUCUUCUAGGAAAAUGUCACCAGUGCAUUUGUACCACAAAGUGCCGAUGGACAAGUUACUGAGUGGAUGCGUCUGAAUGACUUCAUGGGCAUAACUGAAAAAAAAAAUGCAGUGCUCAGCCUGUGUUCAGGGCAAGUACUAGUGCAAAGAGGCAAGUUGUCCAUGGCACUGUCUGGUGGGUGCAGAAGUCCUGCAGAUGUGUGUUGGAAGCCAAGCAAUGAAGUGCCAAAAGCCAACACAUAAAAAUGAGUCGAUACUCACCAGCAUAUCUCAUGGAAAAUAUUUUAGGUUUUGACUGUGCCUUGCUAGGGCAGACUGUAGGCAACCUGCUAGUUUAACUCUGGUGAUUAGUGCUUUCUCUUGCACUAGAUGUCUAAGUGACAAUGUGAAUCCUCAGUGAUGACACAUCUUUCACCAACAGUGAAACAACCAUGUUGGGGGUAGCAAUUAGCAAAUAUUAUGCAUGUGAGUGAGCUUGUAGCAGCCAAGAAAGGCUGUUCUUGGUGUCAUGUCAGUCCCAAAAAUGAAAAUGGGCUUGGAGUAGUGAUGUGGCAGAGAGUAGGUGGAGAUGAUCUAUGUGCCACCAACCCAUUCUUUUUCUCUGCCCAAUGACUCAGAAUCAUAUUGCAUUACUUGGAUGGGUAACAACCAAGGAAAUCCAUUUGGGCUAAUAAAACAGAAAAUACUUUGUUAUUCCCAAGGGUAAAUGUAUAUGAAAAAUAAAGAAAAGUACCUGUGUUGUAGCCUAGCCAGUUGAAGUAACUCUUUAAUUCAUUUUAUUUCAAGAUCAGAGAUUCUGGGAAACAAGCUAUUUGUCAGGAAACCCUUCCCUGUCAGUUGCAUCUCCUAGGAAGGCUGAUGUAGCAAGAGCCAUUAAUAAAAGCAGUGAAUAAGAAUGGAAGCUUUACUUCUAGUUUCACUUGGGGCUUUCCACUAGGAAAGAUGAGAACAAGCACAUUUUGGUAUUGCCAAUACAAUACCUGAGUUGAAGGAGCAUCUCUUUGCAGGCAUUUUGCAAUAUAGUCCUGGAUUUCUUGUGAGGCUGUGACAUCCAUCUGUGUGCACUUGGUUGGGAUCUGCCAGCUUUGUGUUGUUUGGGCACAAGUGCUGAAGUUCUGCCUCAUUUCUGCUGACUUGGUUUGGAAAAAAAAGAGUGGGGAAAGAGCUGAAGGGGCAAGAAGGGGAAUAUCUGUCUUCUUCAUUUCAGGUGAAGAAAACUUUCUUUUGAAUGUAGAAGAAGAAGUUGCUGAGAAACAUGGGCAGGGAAAGACCAAAGGAGAAGUAAAAUAAAGUUGGUGUAGGUACUUCACAAUGAAUUCCCAUUCCUAUGUCUGUAAAGUCAGAGUUUUGCUUAAGUUUUGCCCACUUGUUUUCUGACCUCACUUUUUUUUUUAUUUGUUGGUGUCCCAUGUCUUUUAGGAAAAUGAAUGUUUCCAAAGGCUGUAUAUUUUGCUAGUAUUUAUAGAUAUAUCCAAAUAGGAUUCAACAAAACCUCUAAGCAGUCAACCUCAGUUUAUUACUGCUACUAAAACAUAAGAGCUUGUAAAAUGCACUGUUUGAAGAAGUAUAUUGAAGGGAUUCAAAAAGGUGAAUAUAUGCUCUAAAGAUAGGACUAGCUUUUCUCUUGAGUUUCAUUACUAUGAAGUGUUAAAGUUAGAAAUGGAAGUCCAAAUGAAAAUCAGUGUUGAUGAGGAAUUCAAAUUGGCUGCCACUGGUUUUCAGUUUGGAAACUCCAUGGAAAUCUACCAUACCAGUGUUUCAUUAGUUAGCUCAGUAUAUGCAAGGUUUGUAGGAAAGUACAAAUUCUAUUAACUUAUUUGCUCCAUUAUCUUGUUCUGUGUCUGUCCUUCUACACCUUUUAAAAAUUAAUGCAAAAUUUUACCACAACAGAGUAACUCUUUUGCACACAUCUUGUGGGAAUGGCUGCUCUGAAUGACAGACAACUGAUUGUCAGACUCUGUGGGCUUAGAAAAUUGAGGCCUGUGGUCUGAGGGAAACCCUUCCCUCCUUUUUCCCACCUCCCUGUUUCAGUAACUAAUUUCUGCUGGUUUAUGUUUUGGUGUCUCUGUGAUGCCUGCAUGAGUGGUCAGUAUUUUCAGUUGUCCCAAAGACACACAGGUAGGUCCUUAUCCAAAUAGUGCACACUACCAAAUAUCUCUGGGUUCAUUGGAUGCUGUGGUGAUCCAUGGACCUGAACGUCAGCAGUUCCUGUAACUUGAACUGGCUGCAAUAUUCUCUUAGGGGCUUAAAUUAUCCCACUUGAGUCAGUGUAGGUGUUUAAAAGGAAGAAUGAAGUAUAACAGCUCCAUUGAGCCAAACUGAUUUUUAUUUUUUUUUAAACUCUGAGAUUUAUUGUUUUUUCUGCUUUGGGCUUUUCUGAGUAGCUCUUCCUUCCUAGAGUUUAUAAUGUGGAUUUUGCAUCAAAUUCUGGCAAAGAAGAUUUUGCAAAGUGAAACCUACCUUUCAUCAUUCAGGCUUCUUUAUAGAAAAAAAUGAUGUUAUUACUGAGCCAAAUCACACAGAGGGGAAAUAUUUUUUCCUCUAGGAAAACUUCUGCUGUAGGUAAGCUUAUGUGUGUGUGUCCCUGUUUAAAAGGCAAGUACAUGUGUGCAGGGCUCAUGCAUCACUCAUGCUCUAAUAUGAUUUUUUCCCUUUGCCCUGACUGAAUGCUGGAGGCUUAGCAUUUUCCACAACCUUGAGGAAAGUUUAAAUCUUUCUCCUUAUCUGGUUUCUAAAAAGCAGUCUGUGGGUGAUAGGAAGCAUCUGGUCUCAUUAGGAAUAGAAUCAUGUCAACUGGUCCUCAUUUGAAAUAUUAGACCUUAAGUUUUUGUUAGCGUUCUGCUAAGACUGACACUUUAUGGAGUAGAAAUAAAUGACAAAUCUUCCAGCAAAGUCCCCAGCAGUUGUUUGCUGCAAAAUUCGAGUCUCUCAGACACUUCUCAGCAGCUCUGCUACAACAGGUGAGAGGGUCCUCCUGACACUUCCCUUAGCUCAGUUCACAAUCAAUAGUUUCAAGUACAUCAAAAGCAAGUUUAGAUACUGCCCUGAGGAAUUUCCAUUAAAUGGAAGAGAACCAUUCGUGUGUUUGUGGCACAUAAAAUCACAUCUGAGUUGUGAAGUAAAGGUCUCAGUGACACUGAAAAGUAUUGGGAGUUUAUGCCCAGAAUUAAAGGUAGGGAGUGUAUCUGAACUUUUAAUUUCAAAAAACUAUGGCCAUGAAUCAGCCAGCAGCAGAAGAAAACCAACUUGGAGGCUUCUAACAACAACUAAUAUUAUUGUGGCUUUAUUAAUUUUAUAGUUACACUGAUUGAACGUGAUGUAGUGUACAAAAUAAAGCUAGUCUUAGGCUACCAGGUGUACCAUGGCAUUCAUUUGAGACAUACCAACAGAAGUUUGCAUGUGAAAAGUCUUAAAGUGAUACUAAAGCAAUGUUACCCACCUGACCGAGUCCCUUAGGAAUUUAAUGUUUUGCUGUUUUACAUCUGGUUUCCAUGCUGAGUACAAUAAAAUGAGCACUGUCUUAA